AUGGGUAGGAAAAGAAAGGCCGUGCAAACGGCGGAAGAAGAAGAACCAAUGGGUUGGGAUGAAAUGGUGAAGCAAAUCGCCGGACUCGGAGGCGUUAGGAGAACCAGGAAGCGAUUCGUGGGCGUCAGGCAAAGGCCGUCGGGUCGAUGGGUGGCGGAGAUCAAAGACACCAUUCAGAAGAUAAGGGUUUGGCUAGGCACUUUCGACACGGCGGAGGAAGCGGCGAGGGCCUACGAUGAAGCCGCUUGCCUGCUUCGCGGCGCGAAUACAAGGACGAAUUUUUGGCCUUGUUCUUCGACGUCAAUGAAAUCGACGCCGGCGCUUUCUUCCAAGAUCAGUAACCGUCUUCUUCAAAGGAUCAAAGCGAACAAUAAUUCGUGUUUUCCAUUGCCACUUCCAGCGCCCGUUACAAUCAGCCAGCAACAGCAGCAGCAUCCAUUGUUGUUGCAGCAAGUCGAGGAAACUCAUGAUUUCCUCGACGAUCUUCUCGAGGAUUUCUCGACUUGGAAUGACGUUAAUCUCAGUGCUACGAGUGUUGUCGAAUCGUGUUCCAUGAGAGAAUCGGAAGCAUUGGAUUUCCGGUUCUUGAAUGAGAUUGGAUUGGAGUCGUCUUGCUACUUUUCUCCUUUCCAGCUUGCUGAAGAGCUUCAAGUAGCAACAAUGGGCGACGAAGAGUCGAUGAUAUGGUACGAGAGGAAAUUCUCGGCUUCACUUUACGCGUUUAAUGGGAUUCUGGAGCUGUUGAAAAGAAAGGUGGGAUCAGAAGGUGGAACGGCGGAACGAAGAUCAGAGCAAUUAACAAAGCUUUCGAAUGCAUGCAAAGAGAAGAAGAUGAAAGAAGAUCAUUCUGAAACGGAUAGGGGAAAACAAGAGCAAAGCAAGCAAAGUUCAUUCGAUGCCGAAUCUCUUUGGAGCUCACUUGAUCUUCCACCCAUUGUUGCUUUGUUAACCAACUAA